UCGCGCAUGCGUAUACUCAAUGUUGAUGACUGACAGGCAAGCUUCCGCAGCAGAGAAGACUGGUCGGCUUGCUCUGUAUCACCUCUAACUUACUGCCUGAUUUUCUGUCAGUAAGUUAGGUUGCUGUUGCCACUGCGUCCUUAUUUCAUCAUGCUACAGUUUCUGGCUGGCUUCACCUUGGGGAAUGUUGUGGGGAUGUACCUGGCUCAAAACUACGAUGUUCCCAACAUAGCCAAGAAAAUUGAUGCGUUUAAGAAAGACGUGGAGGCCAAAAAGAAGCCCCCAGAGUGACCAAAGUGGGACCAUGGUCCAAGCAAGAAGAGACGGAGUCUGCAGAGAAACUAUUUAUUUUACAGGGUUACUGUUUAAAGACUAAAUAUUUGCUAAAAGGAUUGAUAAUGUAAAAUAUAUAUGAGAAUAUUAACAGUGCCUGGAACCGCAUUUGUUUCUCCCAGUAGAGUUUGAGGCACGUUCCAUGAAGCCUAUUUUUAUAAGACAGAUUGCGCAAAGACUGGAUUAAGAGAGUUUUUCAGCUAAGUAGUGUGAUAACUUGAAGUCUAGUAUUAUGGCACUGUUGGCUGGCCUUUAUCUGGAAUGCACUGUGGUGUUUUCACCUCCACUUGUUCAUUGUGUAUAAUGUUCUCCAAAGUUAAUAUUAAUAGAACACAGAAUUGCACAACAUUUUGAGAUCUUCCUUCAUAAUUUUCCAAUUCAUCUGUUUAAACUGCCAAAACUUUUUAUGACACAAGUCUGAAUCAUUCAGCUUCCAAUAAAGUUGCUGGUCAAAGUUGAA